AGUUGUGGACACGGAGCUGCGGCGGACACACGGACAGACCGAGCGCGAGGCGAACAGACACGCGACGUUAUACACAGAGAGCGACCCGACCCGACCCGACCCGACUCGGGACCCGGUCAGACGGCGCGGCGGCCCGGAACUCGCGCAUCACACAGCGGUUCGGUGGCGGAACUGCCCGCGGCUCGCUGACUGGAUACCGGAGGGAUUGGAGAAGCUGCUGGUAACCGGACGGAAGGAGACAGGUAGCCGUCAGGUGUUUCAGAGGCUCACAAAGACUGAUAGCCGAGAGAUCCGUCAAAGCCGCUCAGCAUGGUUGACCUCACUUGGAGGUCGUAUCUGCUGCUCAUCAAUGUGUCGAUAUGGGCCGUGAGUGCCUGGAUGCCGGCGCCCCAGUCCUUCACAUUCAACGACCUGAGCAUCGGGCACGAGGAUCUGAUCCAGCGGAUUUUCACGGAGGUGUUUUUCUCGGUGCCGGGUACGGAGAAGAAGGUGCUGCUGCAGGCGGCCAAGGCGUCCGAGGUGCAGCCCACCGCCGCCCACAGCACUAACGUCUCAGAGAUUUUGAGCUCGCUCCCGCCUCAGAAGCUGUCGGAGGAGAGCGCCCAGGGCGUGGUACAGGCCCUCCCUGUCGACCACGUCUCCACCGAGGAUCUCCUCUGGAACGUCUACAACAAGGAGAUUGAACGGUUCGUCUCCGAGAUGGGCGCCAGGUCGGGCAGAUCGGACACCGGCUACCCCAAGGUCAGCCAAGGUCACCUGAAGCUCAUGCUGGAGAAUGUAUUCAAGCUGCCCCGCUCCGACGACCGGGACGCAGAGCUGAAGAGUGCAAUUCGGAUGUACAUCACGAGGAAGAUGUACUCGUACAACAUGCUGUCCGUCAACCACGUCUUCCAGUUCGCGCCGACUGACCUGGAGGCGCUGGCAGAGAAGCUGGAUGCCAAGGAUAACCUGGACGCAGCGUUGGAGGUGCAGGCCCAGGGACCGGAGGAGCCCAUCGGCGUGAAUGUGGUGGGCGUGCUGCCCGGCCGGCGCUGGGGCACCCCCGACGACAAGCUGCUCAUCGUCGGAGCGCACUACGACACCGUACCGGAUACGCCUGGUCUGGACGAUAACGGCUCGGGCGUGGUGGCGCUGCUGGAGGCGGCGCGCGCCCUCUCCGAGGGCGGCUGUCGCCCUGAGUUCAGUGUGCUGUUCGUGGCCUUCGACCUGGAGGAGCAGGGCGGCGCCGGCUCGCUGGCCUUCAUCCACCACGUGCUGUACACGGAGGUCCUGGCGCCGGCCGGCUGGCCCGCCGUCCAGGGCGCCUUUAUCUUGGACACAGUGAUGAACUACAACACCACGCCCAGCGCCCAGUCGGUGCCCAUUGCCUGGAUGGAGCAGCUGAGAGGGACGGUGGACCGGAUCGACCGGCGCGGCGGGCGCGGCGACUUCCUGGCCGCCAUCUACCGGCGGCCCGUGGAGGAGCAGCUGGUGGACGCCUUCAGCGCCCACUACAGCACGCUCAGGGACUCGUACAAGUUCUCCAUGGAGCGGUUCGACGUCGACCUGCCCGCCAAAAAGCCGAGCGAUGAGGUGCUGUUCAAGCACAUGGACCUGAUGCGCUCCGACCACAGCCGAUUCUGGUACGUGAGCCGCGGCUCCCAGAACCAGACAGAGGCGCCGGAGACGAUCCCCGCCGUGCUGCUGACCGACACGGGCCCGUACCGCGGCGCCAUGGCCGCCUGCUACCACUCGCCCUGCGACGACCUGCCGCAGCUGCUGCAGGCCGGCCCCGAGAACCUGCCCUUCCUGGCGCACACCACGCAGGCGCUGGUCAACACGCUGGUCGACCUCAGUGGCGCCACCUGCAGCGGCCGGCCGCUCACCGAGCCGCCGCCGCCGCUGCCAUCUGUCGGCAAAAAGGCGAAAUGAGAUGCAUAUCCUGACUGAGGGUUUGGUAGAUUGACUCGGACGGUUGGCUGUUGGCUUCGUGAUUGGUCGUUGACUGGGGGGGAGGGGACAGGGAGAGGUGGAAAACUGCGUCAUCUUCGUUAUGUAUUUUUAUAUUUGUGGUUUGUUGAAUAUUGCAUAUAGUUGAUCCAUGGCACAGACGGGAUGUGGGGAUUCCGGCUGCGCUUACCCAUGCAUGAUGCAAUGCGUGAGAACGGCGUAGUGGAGCCACAUGACUUGGGCCAAACUUCCCCAGGUCCAGACUCCAGGCCUUUCUUUCCCAGCCGCCUUUCCCAGCGAAGUUGGCUGGUGAAUUAUUUACAUAGCUGCGCAGUGGCCAAUAUAUUUAGCUGGGGAGGACAUCCGCCUCUUCAGCUGGUUUAAAAGGUCAUGACCUUUCAAAUCAUGUUACGGACUAUGUUACGGACAUGAAUGUCCGUAGCAUAGUUAGAAGUUUGUGCGCCGAUCUAAGCUGGAUUUAUUAGUAUCUUAUUGUGGUGUGGUACAUAGUACAUACCACCGACAAUGACUAGCCUCAAUAUAAAAGUUACCAGAUAUUACGUGAUUAUGGUAAGGAUACAAUCACCAGGGUAUUUUGGAAUGAGGCGAAUAUGACACUUACAAUGAUAAUCACUCAUCACCGAAUUAUCAUUAAUCUGACCGAUGAGAUAUGCCCCAAAUACCGUGACCUUUCCUAUUCAUUGAAAGAUGCAAUCUCAGUUUUACUUUACCUUAUUUUAACGAUCAAUGACUCAAUCAACCGUAGACCUUGCA